AUGAUCCUCCUGAGUCCAAGGUCCAGUGCUCUGUGUCAGCGAGCUGCCCCCUGCACGGGCAUUACCGAGUUUCAGAUGGUGGCCAAGAAGAAGGAAGCCAGCCAGUGGCAGAUGGAUUUCUUGAAGCUGCUGACCCUCCACCACCAUACCAUUGUAGCGGUCAUCCUCAACAUGUUGGCCCUCUGCCUAUCCACCACAUCCUUCCUAGGCAGCUACUGGUGUGUGGGCACCCAGAAAGUGCCCAAGCCCUUGUGUGGGAAGAGUCUAACCACCAAGUGUAUUGGCAUGCCAGUGCCUUUGGACGGGGGUGGCAGCAAUACAUCAAGCCAAGAGGUGGUAAACUACAGCUGGGAGACAGGAGAUGACCGCUUCUCUUUUCGCUACUUCCAUACUGGCAUGUGGCUCUCUUGUGAGGAAAAUGUGGAAAGCCCAGGGGAGAAGUGUCGAAGUUUCAUUGACCUUACACCACCAGGAGAAAGAGGAAUACUUUGGCUAUCCCUGGGCUCAGAAAUUGUCUACAUCAGUCUGCUAUCCAUCAGCCUCCUGCUGAUGCUGCUGGAAAUGUUCUUCCCAGGGAACCCUGGCUGUGGCCUUAAGCUUAAUGCCUUUGCUGCCAUUUCCUCAGUCUUGUCAGGCCUUUUAGGAAUGGUGGCACACAUGAUGUACACACAAGUUUUCCAGGCAACAGUCAACUUGGGACCAGAAGACUGGAGGCCACACACUUGGGAUUAUGGCUGGGCCUUCUACAUGGCCUGGGUUUCUUUCACCUGUUGUAUGAUAUCAGCCGUCACUACCCUCAACACCUACACUAAAAUGGUAUUGGAAUUCAAGUGUAGCCACUACAAAUCCUUCAAAGAGAAGCUGAGCCACCCAUCACCACUACACUACCAGUGCUUUUUGCAGCAGCAGCAGCAACAUCAGCAGUCACUAUCUCCAACACACUCCAGGGAUCAACUGAGCAGCUACUAUCAGAACCAAAACCGGUCUGUCCACUUGGUCUCAGCAGGGAUUGACUUUUGUUCAGAACUACAGGAGAAGGAAGUUCCACAAGAGCCCAGGAUGGAACAGAGUGAAGUGCUUGAAUCAUUUGAGGAAGUUGAGGAAGAACAAUGUUAG